CGUUCACUAGCUGCGUUUCCCAGAGGUCCAAAAUGGCGAUGGACAGUAUGUCCACGUCCGCAGGAGGACUGUCAUAUCACAAUGUUUCUGACUUUUAUCCUCGAAAACUUGGUCCAAAGCCGGACGUCGUACCGUCCGGAGUGACAGAGAGGAAAAUCGGACCGUUGGAUAAACCUGACAUGGUGGCAGUGGAUGUCAUUAACAUCAAGGAUUCAGAUGUCCCAAUGCACAGGAAAAAGCAAGAGAAUGACACAUAUAUUCUGGGAACUAUCCAUCCCUUCCGGAAGACGCACAGGUCGAUUUUUGGGAAGUUGAAGCAGGAGUUUCGUUUGGUGGCCUCCGACAGACGAUCCUGGAGGAUCCUGCUCUUCGGCGUGCUUAACGUGCUCUGCACGGCCUGUCUGCUGAUGUGGUGCAGCUCCACCAACAGUAUGGGUUUGAGCGGCUUGAGGUGUUGGCUGUCUUCGCCUCAACUGUGCUAAUACAAUUGGGUGCACUGUUCAUCCUGAAGGAGAGUGUUGAGCGCUUUGUGGAGCAGCCAGAGGUGCAUACGGGUCGUCUCCUGGUGGGGACCUUCGUGGCUCUAUUCUUUAACCUGCUCACCCUGCUGUCUGUGAAGAACAAGCCCUUUGUGUUCGUCUCAGAAGCUGCCAGCACCAGUUGGCUACAAGAGCAUGUUGCUGACCUGAGUCGAAGCGUGUGCGGGAUCAUCCCCGGGUUGAGCAGUGUGCUGCUGCCCCGCAUGAACCCCUUCGUCCUCAUCAACCUGGCCGGAGCCCUGGCCCUGGGCAUCACCUACAUGCUCAUCGAGAUCAAUAAUUAUAAUGCCAUAGACACCGCCUCAGCUGUGGCUAUCGCGCUCAUGACCUUCGGUACCAUGUACCCCAUGAGUGUGUACAGCGGAAAGGUGCUUCUUCAGACUACUCCCUCUCACGUCAUAGGGCAGCUGGACAAACUGCUCCGUGAGGUGUCCACUCUGGACGGAGUGCUGGAGGUGCGCAAUGAACACUUCUGGAGCGUCGGCUUUGGCUCUCUGGCCGGUUCGGUGCAUGUCCGUAUCCGCCGUGAUGCCAACGAGCAGAUGGUGCUGGCGCACGUGACCAACCGUCUGCACACGCUCGUCUCCACGCUGACCGUUCAGAUUUUUAAGGACGACUGGAUCCGGCCGUCGCUAGUGACGGGGCCCCUCCCCGCCGCCGCCGCCGCCACCCUCGGCAGCCCCUCCGACUACGGUGGCCUGCAGGGCUUCCCGUCCCACGGACACGGUCACGGUCACGGACACGGACACGGUCACGGUCAAUCCCACGGCGGUCACGGUCACUCCCACGGCGGCAAGGACAUGGACCCCCUCACCUCCACCCCGUCCAAGCCCACCCUGCCGCCGCCAGAGUUCUCCUUCAACACGCCGGGGAAGAACAUCCAGCCGGUAGUGCUGCCCAGCGCUCAGCCCCAGAGGCCCUACGGCAUGGGCCUGACCUACGGGGCCUCCCCCUACGCCGGCAUGCUGAGCCAGGGCUUCGUGCCGCCCGGUGGUGCUGGUGGUGCUGGUGGUGCCGGUGGUGUUGGCGGGAUGGGGAUGGGACUUGGUGCAGGUGCUAGGGGCGGGCCUUCAGCGCAAGGCUUCAGGACUUCUUACGGUGGCGCGCCGCCAAACAGAUACGGCAGCAACCUGCUGCCCUCACAGAUGGACCAGUACAAGCCUUGACCCUUGACCCUUGGCUGCAGUGGGAGCGGACUGUUGGGGUUGCAUCAGUGAUCGGCGGGGGACGCCUAGGUUACGGAGAUCACCUGAGAUCCAUCAGGUCGGCGCCCAGAGAGGAUAUAUUAUGGUAUUUAUUAUGAUGGGACCAAGACUUCCACUCUUAACGGAUUUUCUAACUGUAUUGUUUUUUUUUGUACUGUUAUAAAAGAAAUCACAGAACGAUUGGCGAGAUGAAUAUAUAUAUAUUAUGGAAUGUGAAAUUUCACAUCUCUUUGGGAUAAAAGGAUUGUUUUGUGGGUGUGCGCUUUUUUUUUUGUAUCAUCAUAAACUUGCAUUUUAAAAGAGGUAAUCUACUUUUGUGCUCAUGGGACUCAAACGUUUUAUCACCACAACAGUUCCUGGGUUAGUGGCUCUGCACUAGACUAUGUGAGCUCCACAGACCGUGGUCUGAGUGCUGCUAUUAUGGAAGGCAAAGAUGACCUCGUGACAAAAAAAAAAGUCUUUCAUAUUUGACCCCAUAAUACCGUACCAAAUUAAUGGUGGUGUUUCUGAAGAGGUCCGGCGACCACCCAAUCUAAUGGUGCAGGGCAUUGUACCAAAGCACAUCUUAAGAGGAUUUAAAUGUCCUCAUCAUAUGACGGAUACACACACUGCUAUAAACCAUUGCAAUUAAAACAAAUACUCAUCCAAGCGCCCUGCGACCUUUCCAUCCCUAGUCAAGUGUGCAAUAGUCCAUCAUCGGCCAGCGAGCAUUCCGGGGUUGUGUAUCGGGUCACACGGCUUUGAAAUGAGCUGGUGAUUCCCACUGUUCAGAGUGGGAUGGAGGCCUGCCCACAAGUAGUGGUGUGGUGUUUCUCAAAAGGAUUUAUUAUGGACCACUAAAUGUGCUCUCCCAAGCUGCCUUUUGUUUGGAUCGGUGUCUAACGAUUAUGUGGAGUGAAUUUAUGUUCACUUGAGAUUUCACCUGUGUAUGGAAGUGCUGAUGCAAAGGAAAGGAUGUGGUGUAUCAGAGAGUCAUUUAAAUAAAAAAAAUAAAAUGAAUUGC